AUGAAGAAAGAGGAGGAAGAGGAGGAUGGAGCAGAGUCUGUAAUAUCCAGCUGUCUGUCUAUGAAGAGUGACCAGUUUAAACCUGAACCUCCAUUCUUCAGUAAUGAACCUGGACCCUCAGACACAAAAGAGAGGAAGAGGAGGGCUGUUUCUGUGGAGGAGCAGCUGUCCUGCUGUUCUUUGUGUCAGGACGUCCUGAAGGAUCCAGUCUCUACCAGCUGUGGACACUGGUUCUGCAGACGGUGCAUCACCUCAUACUGGGACCAGUCUGCUUCGUCAGGAGACUCCUCCUGUCCCCAGUGUGCAGAAAGAUCCAGAACCAGACCUGGACAGCAGACAGACAGUCAGACCAGCACUGUACAAAAAAGUGGUCUGCAGGAGGUUUUAGAUGAACAUCAGAUCAGUCUGAGCAGCACAUGUGAAUGUGUGACUCAAGGAACUGAUGAAGCAGGAAGUGAAAUCCACUCCAACAGCAUCUUCACUGAGGUGCACAUCACAGAGGGACAGAGUGAAGAGGUUAAUACCCAACAUGAGGUGAGGCAGCUUGAAACAGCUUCCAAGAUGAAGACCCUCCAUGAUGCUCCAAUCAAGUGUCAGGACAUCUUUAAAGUCUUACCUGACCAACAGAAACACAUCAGAGUGGUUCUGAUGAACGGCGUCGCUGGCGUUGGAAAAACCUUCUCAGUGCUGAAGUUCACUCUGGACUGGGCACAGGGCUCCGAAAACCAAGAUAUCAGUCUGCUGAUUCUGUUCUCGUUCAGGGCGCUGAACUUGAUCAAAGAUGAGCAGUACAGUCUGCUCAUGCUGAUCCAUGUUUUCUAUCCAACAUUACAGAAGCUCACAGCAGAGAAGCUCGCUGGCUGUAAAGUUUUGUUCAUCUUUGACGGCCUGGAUGAAAGCAGACUUUCACUGGAUUUCAACAACAGGAAGGUCGUGUCUGAUGUCACACAGAAGUCAUCAGUCAGCGUGCUGCUGACAAACCUCAUCAAGGGGAAGCUGCUUCCCUCAGCUCUCAUCUGGAUAACUUCCCGACCUGCAGCAGCCAAUCAGAUCCCUCCGUCAUGUGUGGACAGGGUAACAGAAGUACGAGGCUUCACUGACGCCCAGAAGGAGGAGUACUUCAGGAAGAGAUUCAGUGAUGAAGAGCAGUCCAGAAGAAUCAUCUCACACAUCAAGACAUCCAGGAGCCUCCACAUCAUGUGUCACAUCCCAGUCUUCUGCUGGAUCACUGGGACAGUUCUGGACCACAUGUUGACUCCAGACCAGAGAGGAGAGCUGCCCAAGACCCUGACUGACGUGUACUCACACUUCCUGGUGGUUCAGACAAAGAGGAAGAAGAACAAGUAUGAUGAGGGACAAGAGACGAGUCCACAGGAGCUGACGAAGGCUGACAGGAACCUUCUUCUGAAGCUGGGGAGGCUGGCGUUUGAACAACUGGAGAAAGGAAACAUCCUGUUCUACCAAGAAGACCUGGAGCAGUGUGGUCUUGAUGUCACAGAGACCUUGGUGUUGUCAGGAGCUUGUACACAGAUCUUCAAAAGAGAGAGUGUGAGCUUCCAGAAAACAGUCUACAGCUUUGUUCAUCUGAGCAUUCAGGAGUUUCUGGCAGCAGUCUACAUGUACCACUGUUACACCAGCAGGAAGACAAAGGUACUGAAGGACUUCCUGGGAGAAUCAAAACUAAAUGAUCAUGGUUUAACAUCUCUGGAUGACUUCCUGAAGAGAGCUAUGAAGAAAUCUCUCAGAAGUAAAAAUGGCCACCUUGACCUGUUUGUCCGCUUCCUUCAUGGCCUCUCUCUGGAGUCCAACCAGAGUCUCUUAGGAGACCUGCUGGGUCAGACAGACAACAGUCCAAAAACCAUCCAGAGAGUCAUCAACAACCUGAAGGAGAUGAACACCGAGGAUAUCUCUCCUGACAGAAGCAUCAAUAUCUUCCACUGUCUGAUGGAGAUGAACGACCGCUCAGUACAUCAGGAGAUCCAACAGUUCCUGAAGUCAGAGGACAGAUCAUGGAAGAGACUCUCUGAGAUCCAGUGCUCAGCUCUGGCCGACAUGCUGCAGAUGUCAGAGGUUCUGGAUGAGUUUGACCUGACAAAGUACAAUGCAUCAGAGGAAGGACAACUGAGACUGAUCCCAGCCGUGAGGAACUGCAGAAUGGCUCAACUUUAUGACUGUGAACUCUCAGAGACUCACUGUGAAGUUGUGGCCUCAGCUCUGAAGUGCAACCCCUCCCAUCUGACACAUCUGAACCUGAGUCUCAACAAACUGUCUGAUUCAUCAGUGGCGCAUCUGUCUGCUGGACUGGAGAGUCCAAACUGUAGACUGCAGACUCUGAGACUCUGGGACUGUGGACUCUCAGAGACUCACUGUGAAGUUUUGGCCUCAGCUCUGAAGUCCAACCCUCAUCUGACACAUCUGGACCUGAGUAACAACAAACUGUCUGAUUCAUCAGUGAAGCGUCUGUCUGCUGGACUGGAGAGUCCAAACUGUAGACUGGAGACUCUGAGAUUGUGUUACUGCAGUUUGUCAAAGAUCAGCUGUGAUUAUCUGGCCUCAGCUCUGAAGUGCAACCCCUCCCAUCUGAGAGAGCUGGAUCUGAGAUUAAACUACCUGUUGGAUUCAGACGUGAAGCACUGGGGGUCAUGA